AUGUCGGCCAGAAGUUGUCGUGACUGUCUUGAAAAUUUCUAUGAAGGUGUUAACUUUCUUUACGGGAGGCAAUAUUUGAGGAUGCCAAUUGCUACCGACGUUCCACUUUUAUACGAGGCCCAUCAGCGGAUACACGGGUUUCCCGGGAUGUUGGGUAGUCUUGAUUGCAUGCACUGGGAGUGGGCGACAUGUCCAACCGCUUGGAAGGGGCAACGCCAUCGUGGUGACCACGAGGGUCCUACCCUAAUAUUACAAGCGAUCGCGUCUCAAGAUUUAUGGAUUUGGCAUACAUACUAUGGCAUGGUCGGUGCGAACAAUGACAUUUUUGUUUUACAAUCUUCACGUCUUUUCGACGAUGUCAUAGAUGGUGUUGCACCAAAUACUUCAUUCUAUACAAACGACGUGGAGUGUAAGUAUGGGUAUUAUCUUGUCAACGGUAUUUAUCUAGAGUGGGCGAUGUUGGUGAAUACUCUUUCGUGUCCAGAUGAUGAGAAAAGAUUGUAUUACAAGAAGAAACAAGAGUCGGCAAGAAAAGAUAUCGAGCAGACUUUCGAUGUAUUAAAAAAGAGUUGGUGUAUCAUUACCCAGUCGACACCAUCGACUGAUUAG